AUGGACGCAACACUUGAGCAACGAAGGAGGGACGCUCUGGCGUUGCUUUCUGGUAUGCUUACUUCAGUUCUACAAGGAGAUUUUCAAGUAACAAAUCGCCUUUCGGCACAGCCCGCUUCCGCACUGAACGCGCUUUUUGCGAAGCCCACAAAAAUAUCCGAAACCAACGUCAACGAACGAGAUGUCUUCAAGAUAGACAUGAACGAUCUGGAUCUCGGCCCCAGUAGCGAGUCAGAAGCCAGUUCCGAUGAAGAUAGGCCAAUCAGGAACACUCGGCAGCUGAAGUCUGAGGUACGCAGACUCAAGGCGAUAAUUCGAAGAGCAAACCGUCGGACAGCCCGUCGUGCCGCACGAAUCGCCAAACACCUGGAUCCCAGCCAGGCUGCCGCGGUAUUCGACAGUUUGGGGGGCUUGUUAACCCCUCUGCGGGAGCCGCAGCAUGUCACAGAAGACGCUCUGGACAAACGCAUGACUGAUGUAGCACCACAGGAGGGUGAGAUUGCCGAAGCAAGCGGUCCAGCUCCGCCAAACGUAGAGGCCAUUAGCUACCCACUUAGCUCUCCAACCGAUUCACUCCCUUCCUCCUCUCCAAUCUCCACACAUAACUCUGACAUACUUGCAGAGGGUACAUCAUGGCUCUGCAAACCGUGCAAUAUCUCCUUCAACCACCUCGACGACUACCGCAGCCACAAGUGGAGUAACGCAUACCACCAAAAGAAUGUCGCCGAUUAUAAGCGUUUGCGUCCCACGUAUCAAGAGGAGGAAGAUGAUGUCGAGCAAGUAUCGAGCUGCGACCCAGUAGGACAUUACUGCGCCGACUGCGACUUCAGAACCUCAACGUAUGGCAACUAUACACGCCAUUUGAGACGUCAGUGGCAUCAGAGAAAUGUGACCAUGAGGCUACAGCGCAAGGGCAGAGUGACGAAAAAGGUGAAGAGCGCACCCAAGACGAAAGGUGGGCAGCUACAGCAGUAUUGCAAGGACUGCGAUAGUUGGUGUGUUAGAAUUAAUUGGGCUCGUCAUUUGAAAGGCCCGAUGCAUGUGGAUAACGUCGCGAAGAACCUGCGAUUAAGGAGUAAUGAGGAAGUGUUUGGAGAGACGGAAAAGGUGGGAGACUGGGUGGAGGUUAACGAGAUGAACGAAUUACGCAGUAAGAAGCCCGGCCAUUACUGCAAGGACUGCGACCGCUUGUACACCACACAGAACUGGAGCCGUCAUCUGAAGGGCUCGGUACAUGCAAGUAACGUUCUGAAGAACAAACAUUGCGACGAGAGUAUUGUGCUGCCGACUCCUCCGGACUCCAUUGUAGAAGUAGAAGGGCUGGAGACUCUACCUACAGAGCAGCCAGAGCGCUACUGCGAAGUCUGUGAAAUAUACCCUGGUGUUCGUUGGGCGCGACAUGUGGCUUCCCUAAGUCAUGUGUUCAACGCCAUUCGUUUCCCCAAUCUUAGCAGAUGUACUACAGUUGACGAAGAUACCACGGACGAGGAGGAUGUCACUGGAGAUGAGAGUAUUGCAGAGGAAAGCAGCAGCCCAACAGAGGUAGGAGGAUCCUCUUCCUCUUCGGUCCUGGAACUGGUCAAAAAGGUGCAAAUGGACGUACAGGAGAGGGGAGAGUCGCAAGAUGAGCACAAGGAGCCUGAACACUACUGCGAAGACUGCGAUUGCAGAUACUCUGGUAUCAAGUGGGGGCGCCAUCUGACGUCUGACGAGCAUGUUGAGAAUGUUGAGAGGAGUAUGGUGCGGGAUGGCAUACAAUGCGAUAAGGAUGAAGAUGAGGAUAUGCAAGGCGAUGCGAUCUUGCAGCAUGAAGCACAUGUGCAGAUCUCCCUCCAUGCCUUGACCUCCUCUCCCGCUUCUUCCUCCCUUCCUCCCACACCGGCAGAACCAGCAUGCCCAGAAUACUAUGUCGACGGAGUUCCUCCACAUCAGUCUUCUUCCAGACGUCCUUCAGGAAAACAGGACUGGUACUGCGACAUGUGCGAUGCCAACGUCUCCGUUAGCAGUACCUGGGCGAUUGGUGUACAUAUGGCUGGACACAAACAAGCCUUGUAUGAGAAGUGGAAGAUUAAGAGUUUGGAAUCGAGUAAAAGGUUUCAGGUUGAUGCUUAG